AUGGCACUGCUGAAAGUCAAAUUCAACCAGAAGAAACGGGUAAAACUAGCACAGGGACUAUGGCUCAUGAACUGGUUUUCGGUGUUUGCUGGAAUCCUUGUUUUUAGCAUGGGAUUGUUCCUCAAAAUUGAGCUCCGGAAGCGAAGCGAGGUGAUGGACAAUUCUGAAAGCCACUUUGUGCCCAAUUCUUUGAUAUUGAUGGGUAUAUUAUCCUGCGCCUUCAAUGGUUUUGCUGGAAAAAUUUGUUAUGAUUCUCUGGAUCCUGCUAAAUUUGCCAAGUGGAAGCCUUUGCUGAAACCUUACCUGGCACUGUGCUGCGUCUUUAACAUGCUCCUUUUCUUCGUGGCUCUGAUUUGCUUUCUCAUGCGGGGCUCCCUGGAGAGCACCCUGGCCCAGGGGCUGAAGAACGGCAUGAAGUUCUACCGGGACACAGACACCCCCGGAAGGUGCUUCAUGAAGAAGACCAUCGACAUGCUCCAGAUUGAGUUCAAGUGCUGUGGCAACAACGGCUACAAAGAUUGGUUCGAAAUCCAGUGGAUCAGCAACAGAUAUCUGGACUUCAGCUCCAAAGAAGUGAAAGACCGGAUCAAAAGCAAUGUGGACGGGAGGUACCUGGUGGAUGGAGUCCCCUUCAGCUGCUGCAACCCCAGCUCCCCCAGGCCCUGCAUCCAGUACCAGGUCACCAACAACUCUGCCCACUACAGCUACGACUACCAAACCGAGGAGCUCAACCUGUGGCGCCGCGGCUGCCGGGAAGCGCUGCUCAACUACUACAGCAGCAUGAUGAGCUCCAUGGGCGCCGUCAUCCUCCUCGUCUGGCUCUUCGAGAUGUCGGUGAUGGUUGGCCUGCGCCUCCUGCACACCUCCCUGGAAAGCAUUGCCAAUCCUGAAGACCCCGAAUGUGAAAGCGAAGGGUGGGUCCUGGAGAACAGCCUGAAGGACACUUUCAAAUCCGCGCUGGAGAACUUGAAAAAGCUGGGUAAGUUCAACCAGGUGGAAGCAGGAGCCGAAGGGGCCGAAGGAGAGGAAGGCGGGAAGACGCCAGCCAUCACAACAGUCAGCUGA